CCGCCUUCUCCGCGGAAGCGCCGAGGCGCCGCGUGGCCGCCCGGCCUGGCCGCCACCACGUCCACCGUGCUCCCCGGCUGCGAGCCGAUCCGCCUGCUGGGCGAGGGCACGUUCGGCACGGUCGUCCUGGUGCGCGAGAGGUCCACGGGGCAGCUGUUCGCCGCCAAGGCCAUGAGCAAGCUCCAGCUCAUCGAGGCCCAGCAGCUCGCCUCCAUCGUCACCGAGCGCCAGGUCCUCCGCGAGGCCGGCCCGCACCCGUUCGUCGUCCAGUGCCACUCGGGCUUUCAGACCCCCGACGCCGUCGUCCUCGUCCUCGAGUACGUGUCGGGAGGGGACAUGUACGACUUGUUGAAGAUGCAUGGCUGCUUGACCGAGGAGCAGAUGAGGUUCUAUCUCGCUGAAAUCGUCAUCGCCGUCGCAGAGCUGCAUAGGCAUGACUUUGUCUUUCGGGACCUCAAGCUCGAGAAUAUCCUCAUCGACGAGCAUGGCCAUGUACGUCUGACCGACUUUGGCCUCGCCGGCAAGUUUGUGUCGGGCGAGCCCGGUGAGCAGGCCAUCUUUGAUAUUUCGGGUACCGCUAUUUACCAGGCUCCGGAGAUGCUCGCGGACAAGGGGCACGGCCGCGUCGUCGAUUGGUGGGCCCUCGGCGUCUUAGCCUACGUUCUGCUUGCUGGGCGCCCGCCGUUUGCCGCCAACGAGAGCCGCGAGCAGCUGCACCAUCGCAUUCUUAACGAGGAGCUGGACCUAGAUAAUGAUGACAAGCUCGUCAGUACCUCUGACGCAUGCAAGGACUUCAUUAGAAGGCUCCUGGAUAAAGACCCGGCCACUAGGUUGGGGAGCGCCCGUAGCGACGCUGUGGAUGUCAAGAAGCACCCGUUCUUUGACGGCAUCGACUGGGGAGGCGUGGAGAACCUCGACCUGCCCCCACCUCUCAGUCCCGCCAAGGCGCCCCCGCUCCUGAACGGUGCGCCGACAAACCCGCAGGAAGUCAAGGAAGCUCGCGAACGCCUUGCGGAUAAGAUGUGCAAGCCGUCCUUGGGGGGACUGCGCAGAAAGAAGUCGUCAAAGAAAGCCCUGGACGCGGGUGAAUAUAAGCCCGUCCAAGUGCUUGGCUCCUCGUCAGAAAGGGUGUCAAUCGGGCUUGACUUUGGUGGGACGAACAAACUACAGUCUGGAAAGACGUGGACCGGGACGGCUGAUGACUACGGGCGGGAGAUUGUGAGGUAGGGCAGAAUUACUGCUUGUUAAUGUUUGUUUGGUUUUUAUGCUUCCGCUGCGUGUGGUUGUACAUUUCCCCGGUCUGCUUAACACUCAAUAAUGGCUUUCCGCUGCGACCGAGGGGGGGGGUCGUGAAAGUGGAUAGCCCAACGUCUAAUGUAUACUUGUAAUAUAUAAACCAUUCCUUGUUCCUUGUUUGUUUGUG